AUGGGGCGGUAUGGGAAUGGUUCAUCAAUUACCGAUGUGGCGCGGAUGUCCGGGUAUUCAGAGGGAGCUGUUGAGCUGUUCACGGAUAGGUGUCUCGAUGCGCUCAUGUCUCUGCAUGACAUAUUAUACAUUGAGGAGAAGUUAGGUUUUGAGGGUUCAAGUUGGAGAGAGGGCUGGAUCAUGUACGAUGGGACAAUCAUUGUGCUGUACGCUCGGCCAGGGCUCGACGGGGCAUCAUAUUAUACACGAAAGUGUAAUUAUGGCCUGAACUGCCAGAUCGGGAAUUGCCCAUCCAAUUUACGGAUUGGCGAUUAUUCCUGUGGCAACACUGGUGCCACUCACGACUCCACUGCCUUCGAUGAGACUUGUGCAGGUGCAGACCCUGACUGGUUAUUCAGUGGACGGGAAUUCGCUUGGGGCGACUCAGCAUACACCGUCAAUGCACGCACCAUCCCUGUUCACAAACGCCCUGCCGCCUUUGACCCAUCCAAUGCCCUUUUCGACAAGUUUGUCUCUCGUCUCUGUGUUCGUUCAGAGCACUGCAUGGGUGCACUCAAAGGUCGAUGGCAAUCUCUCCGUGGUCUUCGUAUUCCAAUCAGAACGAAGGCAGACCACCUCCGUGCAUGCAACUGGGUCUCCUGCUGCAUUCUCAUGCACAAUGCUGUCCUGGAUAUUGAUGGAUGGGUCGCAGGUGUGGAGUUCUUGCCAGCACAUGGUCGUGCUCAGGAGGCGGAGGACCGGGGAGAGAGAGAUGAUCCAUUGGAUAUUUGUCAAUAUGACGGGUAUACAAAACAAAUGGUACGGUACUACAUUCCUUCAGCCGGUAGUGCAGGUGAAGUAGCACGAGCAAGAUCACGAUCCAUCUCUCCUUCAUCCCAAUCUGGAGAGACCGCCCUCUGA